UUGCUCGUCGAGUUCAAACUUCGAGUCCGAUCCGAUUGGUUGGUGGUUAAACCGUGCGCAUCUUUUUGUUGUGGUUUUUUGCGAGCGAAGAGCAACAGGACCUCUGCGCCGUAUUCAAAUGGAAUAAAAACAACAACAGCAACAACGAAAAAAUCAAGAUCAAAAUCUCUUGAACAAGAACAACAAAAUGUCUGCUACUAUAGUGCAGAAAUCAACGACGGUGGCUAAUUCGCAUUAUUUUGAGUGCGGCGACAUAUUCCAGGCGGUGGCCAGCGACCGCGAUCGCGAUCAUCUCCAGCAGCAACAGCAGCAGCAGCAGCAAGUGGAGCUCGUCCUGGACAGCAGCAACAUGGAGCAGCAACACCAGCAGCCACAUCGCCUUCAUGGCGCCCUCACACGCACCAUUUCACAGCCGGCCCAGCAGCGCCAUCAGCUCAUCCAGCAGCAGCAGCAACAGCAGCAACAACAGCAGCAACAGCAACCGGUGGUGGCCAAUCUGGUGACCAUCAUCGAGAACCUGGGCAACAUGAACCUGCACCGUAAGCUGGAGCGAACGCAGUCGGAGCCACUGCCACAGCAGCCGAUGAAUACCUCCAGGUACAAGACGGAACUGUGCCGCCCGUUCGAGGAAGCCGGCGAAUGCAAGUACGGCGAGAAGUGUCAGUUCGCCCACGGAUACCACGAGCUGCGCAACUUGCAGCGGCAUCCCAAAUACAAGACGGAGUACUGCCGCACCUUCCACAGCGUGGGCUUCUGUCCAUACGGACCGCGCUGCCACUUUGUCCACAAUGCGGACGAGGCACGUGCCCAGCAGGCGGCUCAGGCAGCCAAGUCCCAGUCCUCCCAGUCCCAAUCGCAAUCGCAAUCGCAAUCGCAGUCGCAGUCGCAGAAUCAGCAGCAGCAGUCGUCGCCGAACUUCUCAUCGAAGAGCAACCAGAGCAGCAAUAGCAAUAGCAACAGCAGCAGCACCAGCAGCAACAGCAGCAGCAGCGGCAGCAGCGGCAGCAGCAACAUCAGCAACAACAGCAGCCAGUUCUAUUUGCCGCUGAGUCCGCCGCUGAGCAUGAGCACGGGAUCGGACCGGGAAUCGCCCACCGGCUCGUUGUCGCUCAGUCCCACCAACUCGCUGACCAGUUUCCCGUUCCACGAUGCCCUGCAGCAGGGCUACCUGGCCUCCAAUGGCGGCACUAGCAACAGUUCCGCUUCGUCCACAUCCUCGGCCUCUGGACUGGGUCUCGGCAUGACCAUGAACAUGGGAAUGGGCCAGGGCAUAAGCAUGGGCAUGGGACAGGGCAUGGGACAGUGCAUGAAUAUGGGUAUAGGUAUGAGUAUGGGUCAUCAUGGACCCGCCACGCCGCCCGAAAGUCCCAAUGUACCCAUUUCGCCAGUGCAUACGCCGCCGCCGUACGAUGUGGUGGUCAGUGGAUCCGGAGUGGGCAGCGCCAAUGGCAAGCAGCUGCUGCAGAAGAGCGUUAGCACACCGAUGCAACAGGAGGAGGCGUCCAGGCUGCCGGUUUUCAACCGUCUGAGUUCCGCCGUGGAGGCCUACCAGCAGCAGUCCAAUUUGGGACUCUAAGAAGGAGCGAGCCAGCCAGCCAGCCAGCCAGCCAGCCAGCCAGCAAAAGACGUCCCACAUAGACAAAAUCAAACCCUAUCCAGCAUCCAUUCACGCCCAUCAAAGCAUCCAAAGCAUCCCUCCAUCAUCAACAACAACAACAACA